UGCAAGUUGAAUUCUAUAUGAAUGAAAAUACCUUUAAAGAGAGACUAAAGCUCUUCUUCAUCAAAAACCAAAGAUCAAGUCUGAGAAUACGAUUAUUCAAUUUCUCUCUCAAGCUCCUAAGCUGUUUCCUAUACAUAGUUCGUGUGCUCCUGGAUGAUCCUACACAAGGACUUGGAUGUAAGGAAUUAAACCGGAGUUGUUCCAAUCAAAACUACACACCUGGAACAAUUGAUUGGUCUCCCAUUAUUUGGGUGAAUCGAAGCUUACCUUUAUGGGGAUUACAGGUGUCUGUGGCUGUAAUAAGUCUCUUUGAAACUCUGUUGCUAAGUUAUCUAAGCUACAAGGGAAAUAUCUGGGAACAAAUUCUGAGAAUACCCUUUCUCCUGGAAAUAAUUAAUGCUGUCCCUUUCAUCAUCACGAUUUUCUGGCCAGUCCUAAGAAACCUGUUUAUUCCUGUAUUUUUAAAUUGCUGGCUGGCAAAGCAUGCUUUAGAAAAUAUGAUUAAUGAUCUUCACCGAGCCAUCCAACGCACACAGUCCGCAAUGUUUAACCAAGUGCUCAUUUUAAUAUCUACCUUACUAUGUCUCAUCUUCACUUGUAUUUGUGGAAUUCAGCAUCUGGAACGAGCAGGAAACAGGUUGACUCUCUUUGACUCCCUUUAUUUCUGCAUAGUGACAUUUUCUACUGUGGGCUUUGGGGAUGUUACACCCAAGAUAUGGCCUUCAAAGCUGCUUGUUGUCAUUAUGAUCUGUGUUGCUCUUGUGGUGUUGCCCAUACAGUUUGAACAGCUGGCAUAUUUGUGGAUGGAGAGGCAAAAGUCUGGUGGAAACUACAGCAGAUACAGAGCUCAGACAGAAAAACAUGUUGUGCUGUGUGUGAGCUCUCUGAAGAUUGACUUACUCAUGGAUUUCUUAAAUGAAUUCUAUGCCCACCCCAGACUGCAGGACUAUUAUGUGGUUAUUUUGUGUCCUACGGAGAUGGAUGCUCAGGUCCGAAGGGUGUUACAAAUCCCAAUGUGGUCCCAAAGAGUUAUCUACCUGCAAGGCUCAGCCCUAAAAGAUCAAGACCUAUUGAGAGCUAAGAUGGACAAUGCUGAAGCCUGCUUCAUCCUGAGCAGCCGCUGUGAGGUGGACAGGACAGCAGCAGAUCACCAAACUAUUUUAAGAGCUUGGGCAGUCAAAGACUUUGCUCCAAAUUGUCCUUUGUAUGUUCAGAUACUGAAGCCUGAGAAUAAAUUCCACAUCAAGUUUGCAGAUCAUGUUGUAUGUGAAGAGGAAUUCAAAUAUGCUAUGCUAGCUCUAAAUUGCAUAUGUCCAGCUACUUCUACAUUAAUCACUCUGCUGGUUCAUACAUCUAGGGGACAUACAGCCCCAUGGGAAGCUUUCAGGCAACUCACUGGAACCAAGCAGACAUUAAACAGGGAGAGUCAGCAAUCACCAGAACAAUGGCAGAAAAUGUAUGGCAGAUGCUCUGGUAAUGAAGUGUAUCACAUCAACCUGGAAGAAAGUACAUUUUUUGCAGAGUAUGAGGGGAAGAGCUUCACAUAUGCUUCUUUCCAUGCACAUAAAAAGUUUGGAGUCUGUCUGAUUGGUGUUAGAAAGGAAGAUAACAAAAACAUUUUGCUGAAUCCAGGUCCUCGAUAUAUCAUGAGUUCUACUGAUAUAUGCUUUUAUAUAAAUAUCACCAAAGAAGAGAAUUCUGCUUUUAAGAAGCAAGAAAAGCAUAGAAAAAACCAUGAAUCAAAAUUAUCUUAUCAUGGAGCUUCUAGGUUACCAGUACACAGUAUAAUAGCCAGCAUGGGGACCGUGGCCAUCGAUCUGCAGGACACGGGGUGCCGUGGGGCCAGCGGGGCCACGCUGGCUCUGCCCGCCCAGGGGGGCAGGGAGGGCAGGAGGCCCAGCAUCGCCCCCGUGCUCGAGGUGGCUGACUCCUCCUCCCUGCCCACCUGCGACCUGCUCAGCGACCAGUCCGAGGAUGAAACCACCCCCUCCGACGAGGAAGGCUCUGCAGGCUUUGAGUAUGCCAAAGGCUAUCCUCCUUACUCUCCUUAUAUUGGAAGUUCUCCCACCUUUUGUCAUCUUCUGCAUGAAAAAGUACCCUUCUGUUGUCUAAGACUAGAUAAGGGGUGCCAGCAUAACUACUAUGAAGAUGCCAAAGCCUAUGGAUUCAAAAACAAAUUGAUUAUAGUUGCAGCAGAAACUGCUGGAAAUGGCUUAUACAACUUCAUUGUCCCACUGAGAGCUUAUUACCGACCAAAGAAAGAACUAAACCCCAUUGUAUUACUGCUGGAUAACCCGCCAGAUAUGCAUUUUCUGGAUGCAAUCUGUUGGUUUCCAAUGGUUUACUACAUGGUGGGCUCUAUCGACAACCUAGAUGACUUAUUAAGGUGUGGGGUCACCUUUGCAGCUAACAUGGUGGUGGUGGACAAGGAAAGCACGAUGAGUGCUGAGGAAGACUACAUGGCAGAUGCCAAGACUAUUGUGAAUGUUCAAACCCUCUUCAGGUUGUUCUCCAGCCUGAGCAUUAUCACAGAGCUAACUCACCCAGCCAACAUGAGAUUCAUGCAGUUCAGAGCCAAAGACUGCUAUUCUCUUGCUCUGUCCAAACUGGAAAAGAAAGAGCGGGAGAAGGGAUCUAAUCUGGCAUUUAUGUUUCGACUGCCCUUUGCUGCUGGCAGGGUUUUCAGCAUCAGCAUGUUGGACACACUGCUUUAUCAGUCAUUUGUGAAAGAUUAUAUGAUUUCUAUCACAAGACUUCUGCUGGGACUUGACACCACACCAGGAUCUGGGUUUCUUUGUUCUAUGAAAAUCACAGAAGAGGAUCUGUGGAUUAGGACAUAUGCCAGACUGUACCAGAAGCUUUGUUCCUCUACAGGAGACAUUCCAAUUGGAGUCUACAGGACAGAAUCCCAGAAGCUCACAACAUCUGAGUCACGAGAAAUGUCUUCACAAUCUCAAAUCUCCAUCAGCGUGGAGGAUUGGGAGGACACCAAAGACACCAAGGAGCAGUUCAGCAGCCGCGGCAACCACCGGAACUCCACCUCCAGCGACCAGUCCGACCACCCGCUGCUGCGGAGGAAGAGCAUGCAGUGGGCACGGCGCCUGAGCAGGAGGGCGCCCAGGCACUCUGCCAAAACUGCUGAGAAGAUCAACCAGCAGAGAAUGAACCUCUACAGGAGGUCAGAAAGGCAGGAGCUUGCUGAACUCGUGAAGAACAGAAUGAAGCACCUGGGCCUUUCUCCAGCAGGAUACGAUGAAAUGAAUGAUCAUCAGAACACCCUUUCCUACAUCCUGAUCAACCCUUCUCCAGAUACAAGAUUAGAGCUGAAUGAUAUAGUAUACUUGAUCCGACCCGACCCAUUGACUUAUGUUCCAAAUGCUGGACCCAGCCGAAAGAACAGCUUCUGCAAUACAGUGGGACAGGACACCAGGGAGGAGACACAACUUUGAUAUGGAACUCACCACAGCAUUCAGAGACAGUUUUAUACACAUGUUGUUUCCACUAACCAUUUUGCAAGCUGAGUGGUAUAUUUUAUUCAGAUUUUGGAAACAAAAUGACAGUGGGUAAGUGACCAAAUGCAGAAAUGUGGUGCCUAGAAACUCUAAUUUCAGGGAUUGUCAGGUCUGUGGCCUGUUCAGUAUGGAAGUUGAACUUUGUCGGCUUAGCAGAAUGAUGACAACCUGUUGCUAUUUAACCCACAUGAACAAAUGUCAGAUUCUACCACAUUUUGCUUAGAUGCUCCUAAGCAUAUUUAGGUGGCAGCAUGUCAGUGACUGAGCUUCUGACCAGUGUCAGAUUAUCUGAUGCCCACAGAGAGACAAUGCCUGAUUUGUAGUAGCAAAUAUGUUAAUACCUAAAGCUGCCAACAAGCUGUGUCAAGAAUUCAGUCUUUGAAAUUAUUUUCAAUCUCAGCCUAUCUCCCAUUUUUUAUUAGCACAGAUUAGUUUCAGUCCCAUUUUAGCCUCCAGGACCUGGGUUUUGUUCCCUGGGUUUACACAGACCAGGCUGAAUGACACAACCUGGUCAUGCUGCAGAGGCUGAGAUUGAGACACAUCAGUGACAGAAGAGCCCAGCUGCAGGAAAGUCCCUCCCAUCUCACACAGGCAGCUCUCCCAACACUGGCAAAAAACUGGGGAGUUACUGUGUGAAGCUGCAUACAGGGGUAGCUCAGGUGAAACAAUCCUUUGAACCUUGGUGGGUUUUUCUGUAGAAACCUGAGUAGAUUAUAACACAGAAGUGAGAGCAUCCCUCUAGGGAAUGAUUCCUACAGCAAGCCCUUAACAUUUUCAUGAUUAUGCCAGAACUACAGUUUGUCCAUAGCAUUUCAUGCCUAGUCAUCCAGAUUACCCAAAAGUGAUACCUUUUUAUAUGAAAUUACAUAUCUCAUUGAAGAUUAAAGAAAUUUAUAACCCUUUCACAAAAUGAAUGUAAUUCCACAUAGUGUGAAAAGGCAUUAUGGAUCUAAAAGCUCUGCUUUGGCAUGAAGUAGACACAAAAGCAUCUGCUUGUGUAAGAAGCAACUAAAAUUGGUCAAGCUUUCUACAGAUUUAAGCAUGUCUGUCCAUGAUCUUCCAAAAUCAUUGUCACAAAUAGGGAAGAACAUACUUGAGGUUUUAAACUCCCUUCUGUUACAAGUGUCCAUAUAGACCCAAGUAAUUUUGCAGGUAGUCUAAUAUGGAAAAAAUUAUUAUUCUCUGAACUCUCUUGAUGUCCUAUUUAAAAAAAAAAAAAAAAUCAGUCAAAACUGCUUGUAUUCUCUUCUAUAUUAAUUGGUAGAAGUACAUUAUAUUUCUAAAACAGAAAUUACAACCAGAUUGCCCAGCAAGCAGCUCUUGAAUGUGAGCCUGUUUACCAGCAUUGUACGGAUACUGAAAUCAAGUCACGUUCAUAUUAGGAAUGACAGCAAAUCUGCUUUUAGUUCCUGCCUUCCUUUUAAUGAUUGCAAGGUUUAACAAUUCAGUGGUUCUGCUUAGAGUCCAUUAUUGCUCGGUGCUUUUCCACACUGGAGUCAUUCACUAGUUUAUUCACAGAUAAAGUAUUUCAAAUGGGCACUGUGGGAAACAAAGAAACAAUUGAAACAGCUGCACAGACUGAAGUCUACAUUUUUUCAGAAAGAAAAACAAACAGUAUAUGAUACAGGAUCCUGUCCAAGACCUGCCAUAGAAGUUACCCAGAAGAGUUUCCAUGGGCAGUGUGAAUAAUUUUUCUAUUUUUAAUACCUUCAGGGAGAAGAUUCUAUUCCAGUUGAAUAUUUUUUUAAAAAAUACAAGUUUCUUAAAAAUGUUCAUUCCAAAAUAUUAGAAGGAUCUGUUGUUGCAUACGGAAGGCUUCUCUAAUGGAGUCUCAAGGAGGCAGAGAGGCUUCCAGAACCAUGGCUAUCCUCCAGCAGGCAGGCUGCACACUGCUUUUAGCCUGAGUCACAGUUCACAGGAAUUCCUGUGUGUGUGUACAGCACACACCACUGAUUUAAGGACUCUCUGCCAAAAGGAUCCAUAGCGAGGGCUUGAGUCCUCCCAUUUAACAGCCCAUAAAGCAGCAGAAACAAGCAGCCAGCUGUGUCCAUUUGCCCACUUAACUCAGCAGAAUUGCUGCUUGGCUAGAUUAGAAUAGUGGCAUCUAAUGUAACCUGGUAUUUCUCCAGGCUUAAUGAAUUUCUAAUUGCUCAUUAGCCUCAGAAGAUUUGCUAAAGCAAACACAAAGACAGCUGGAGACACUUGGAGUCCCUAAAAUGAAUGCAAGGCAAUCUUUGUGAACCAAACACUUAGUUCUCUUCAAAAUCUGCUGGAAGACAAGCAAGGUAGUAAAAACUAACAGUUGCUGAUGAAGCAGAAGUUCUAAUAACCCAUGAAUAAAGUAUCGCGAAGUUCAGCUGUUCAGAAUAAUGCUGUCUUUCAUGUUGAAAGCAGAACAGGUUUGCUUCCUCUGGAGUAUCUUCACAGACAGACUGCAUUCUAGUGGGAUUUUGAUCUUCCAAGACCAGCCUAAGCACCACUACAUUUUCCCUGAAUGAGACAGUAUGCACGGUCCCUCAGUGGCCAGGGAGGUGAUUCUUUAAUGGUCAUCCUGCAGGCAAUCUUAUGUUCACACACUUCUUUUCUCAUCAUGAUUAUCAGAAAUGUAACACAAGCCUAACUGGACUGGAGACCAGACUGAGGAACAGGAGUCUCAAGGCUCAGUGCUGGAGAAGGGAUGAUGAAGUUCUAGAAUGGGCAGGGUCAAAUGACUGUUGAACAGAGGGGUGUGAGCAGGCAACAGUGCACUCAGUAGAGGGAGAAAUGUGGAGCUGUGAAAAAAAAGAUUAUUUCUCUCUGUAUUAACUGUAUGUAUUUUUCCUCCUGGCUCACUUCUGUCAACAACCCAAAGAUGGCCCUCUUCCCCAGCACUGCCUUAGCACAGCCCAAGCAGUUUGGUACCAAGUCACUGACCCAGACAGGGAAGCGCUAGCUGAUAACAACUGCUUCAUUCUCAAGGGAAUUUCCAGCAAAGCCGGAACCUAUGAAAAUGUGUUACCUAGUCUGCAAUAAAAAAAGUCUCAAGAACUCUU